AUGACAAGCUCCUCCGAGGAAGACGAUGGUGACUACGUCCCAGAAGCUGCUUCUGAAGAUGAUGAACAAGAAAACGCCGACGCAUCCGACACCGAUGCCACUUCCGAAGCGCAGCGCCGUGUCGCAGUCGCCUCUCACGUGGACAAACUCUGGGACGACAUGAAUGUGUCCACUGCAGUGUCCAAAAAAUCUGUGGACAAGACGACAAAGCUGCUUGCUGGCUUGACAAAAAAGACGAAAAGCUCAACUAGCAGAUUGAAGAGGAAGAAAUACGCUGUACGCGAAUUCUCGAUGCCAGUUUUGAGCGUCGAUGGGAAGAGGUCGCGAACGGAUUUGGCGGAAGGGACGUCGAAGCAAAAGGUGAAUCGAGUAGUCAAAUUUGCUGGGAAGGAGUACAGUGUCUCUACCAUUGUGCCACAAGCGAAGGAUGGAAAGAAAAGCUUGGAUAAGGUGCUAGACGCCUUGUCUGAGCCAAAAAAGGUGUCGACAAUGGAGAAGUCAUCGUUUGACUGGGACAAGUUUAAGGAGAAGGAAGGCAUUGAUGAGGAAUUGACGCAGUCCACGAAGAACGGCUACAUCGAUAAGCAAGAGUUCUUGCAGCGUCUGGAUCUGAGACGCUUCGAACUAGAGAAAGCCGAGCGAGACAAGCAACGCAAACUCCAGCAGCAGCAACCGAAAUAA